AUUCACAGCUUAGUACUUCUUUCGCACUUUCUCUAAACUUUCUCUCUUUAGAAUAUACAUAUACACAAAGCGUGCACAAUACACAGAUUUUUUUGUAUUUUAUGGAAAAAUUGCAACAAUACAGACAUGUAUUUAGACAACUGGACAAGAAUGGAGAUGGGAAGCUAUCACCACCGGAGCUCCAAAUUUGCAUUGGAAAGGUAGGCGGAGAGUUGACAUUAGAGGAGGCGGAGAUAGCAGCGGCAAUGAUGGAUUCCGACGGAGAUGGGUUGUUGAGUAUGGAGGAUUUGAUUAAAGUAGUUGAAGAUGCAAACGAAGAGGAAAAGGCUAAUGACUUGAAGAUGGCUUUCAAGAUGUAUGAAGAAAUGGAGGGGUGUGGAUGCAUAACCCCAAAAAGCUUGAAAAGGAUGCUUAGCAAACUGGGAGAGUCGAGAACUGUUGAUGAUUGCAAGGUGAUGAUUUCUAAGUUUGAUGUUAAUGGUGAUGGUGUUCUAACUUUUGAUGAAUUUAGGGAGAUGAUGUUGUGAUGAAGAAGUUAAUACCCAUGAGUUGAUUCAUUGCACGUGUAUAUUGUUGUUAUUCCUUUGUGGAACAUUCUUUUGUAUCGAAACCGUUUCUGGUGUUGUCUGCUUUGUUAUUUAUACAGAUUGACGCAGACUUCGAUCAGUCGAUAGUGUUAUUUGUUUUAUUGAUUCAAAUUAUUAUUAAUAGUUUUUGCAUGUAAAUCUUCUGUAUAAAUUUAUCUAUUGACGAAUUUUUUUCA